AUGGCGUCCUCGCCAGAGCUUCCUUCCUGGAUGUCGUGGGCGGGCCUCAUUGAGCACUUCUCGCCGUCGGUCAAAGUUCACACUACGCUUAGCGAAGAAAUGGAUGAUGCUGAGAAGCAAAUGCUUGCCCAAGAUCGACAACGCGCACUUCGGGUUCUAGGGCGCAUCAUUCCGGAUGCUUCUAAACUUCCCAAAGAGGAAGCCAUCUACGAGCUCAACUCGCUUACCUUUAAGUCUUGCGGCUAUGUCGACCUCGACCACCCGGAAUUUCGCAUCCAAUUGAUACCGGGAAUUCGGGUGCAGUUGCUUGCGAACAUGAUUCGCAUACAAUACUCACACUCACAUGCCACGCAGUUCAUGCAGCGCCGCACAGACCUGUUGCUGGGGAGAAUUCUCAGGUGCGAGGUACCGAGCGACAGAGGGCCGUUUCACGUUUUCAAGUUCCGAACUGGGUGGGAGGAUAAGUACCACAGAAAUGUAAUACAGGCCGCUAUAGCCGAUGAAUGUUCCUCCGCUGGCAUGGCUCGGUUCUCCGGUGCUCUCGUUCGUGAAGAAGCACUGAUCCCUUGA